CUCCGCUCCCCUCCUCUUCCAGACUCCGCCACGCUGCUCCCUCACGCUCUCGUCCCCACCGUAAGCGGCGAGCUGGCUCCGGCCAAUAUUUGCCUUUCUGCUUGGAUAUCAUUUCCCCAUUUACGAGCUCUUUUUCAUUUUGUGCACGCGGUGGACACUGGAGUGGAGAAGUCAGCGCGUUGGACGUCCCUCGCCGGCUUUGCUUUUCAUUGCUCUGCGCCUCCCUAGUCAUGGAUUGAUGAGUGUUUUUUCUUCCGACCUCUGCCUCGACCAAGUUGCGAAAAGAGUGUGCAGAACCUGCGGCGCUCUGUUUCCCAGCUUCAUGUUUUUCCCGGACUCUUUUCUAAGUACCUGGCUCCGCAUGCGUCUUUGCGGUUUGCCGAUUUGAACUUUUUUUUCUUUUUUCAUUUGUUUUGGGAAAAGGAUUUCAUUCAAAACCGGGAUUUUUGAAAGUCUACCAACAUUUAUUUGUGAAAAGUGAUGGCCGAGCGGGGAGCUCUGUUGCUCCUCUCUCUCCACUUCUGUCUUACCUUUCUGUGCACGGGGAGCACGGCGGCCAAGCAUGUUGACAAAGCAUCCGCAGCACAGCCUUUCAACCCAUUCCGGUUCACGGUGGAGCCCCGAGACACAGUGGCUAUUCGGGGUAACUCUGCACAGCUCAACUGUUCUGUACACAGUGAUGCAGCCGUACCAGCACGCAUAGAGUGGAAGAAAGAUGGCACCUUCAUGAGCCUGGUUUCGGAUGAGAGACGGCGCAUACUCCCUGACGGCUCCCUCCUCUUCACCCAUGUGGUUCACUCAAAGCACAACAAACCUGAUGAGGGCACUUACCAAUGUGUGGCCACCAUCGAAAACCUAGGAUCCAUUUCCAGUGGCACAGCGCACCUCUAUGUUGCAGGAAUGCCCAGGUUCGGCAGCCAGCCAGCACCUACAUCUGUGCGUCAAGGUGACAGCCAAUUCAUGGCCUGUGAAGUCAAUUCAGACCUGGUGCCCUUCACCCGCUGGGAGAAAGACCGUCAGCCCCUGGAGCUCAACUUGAGACUGGUCCAACUACCCACUGGUGCCUUGGUGAUCAGCAACGCCACAGAAAAUGAUUCUGGUCUUUACCGUUGCUUGGUGGAGAAUGUGGGGUCAUCAAAGUCCAGUGAAGAGGCGCAGCUCCAAAUCCUACCAGAAACUGGAGACGAGAGGAAGCUGGAGUUCCUUGUACAGCCUGUGCCUGUGACCAAGGUGCUGGGCGCCAGUGUCCUGCUGGCCUGCGUGGCUGCAGGUUUUCCAACACCACAUGUGCGAUGGAUGUUUAAAGAUAAACCGCUAGAGGAAAGCGAGGGCCGCAGGGAAUUGCUUGGAGGUGGCAGUCUUCAGAUUUCCAAUCUCACAGAGGAGGAUGCUGGCAUUUACACCUGUGUGGCUGACAACACCAAUGCAACAAUUGAAGCCCCGGCUCAACUCACUCUGCAAGUUCCUCCCCAGUUUGCAAAGAGGCCGGCCAACAUUUACGCCCAUGAGUCCAUGGACAUCGUGUUUGAGUGCGAAGUCACAGGUUCACCAGCCCCCACUGUGAAGUGGGUCAAGAAUGGCGACGCUGUUAUUCCAAGCGACUACUUCAAAAUUAUUAAGGAACACAAUCUACAGGUGCUGGGCCUGGUCAAAUCCGAUGAGGGUUUCUACCAAUGUCUUGCAGAAAAUGAUGCCGGAAACAUUCAAUCCAGCGCUCAACUCAUCAUCUUGGAUCACGAUGUAGCCCUUCCCCCUCUCCCUCCCCCCUCACUGACUCCUAACACUACUGACCAUGUAACGCCAGGCUCUGGGGGUGUAGCUGGUCCAGCAGGACCCACUCCCACCGCCCCCCGCGAUGUUGUGGCUUCGCUGGUUUCCACCCGCUUCAUCAAGCUUACCUGGCGCCCGCCGGCUGAACCGCACGGAGACGAGCUAACCUACUCUGUUUUCUACAGCCAAGAGGGCACAAGCAGGGAGCGAGUUGUAAAUACAAGCCGACCAGGGGAGUUGCAGGUCACCAUCCAGAAUCUGAUGCCAGACACCAAAUAUCGCUUUAGGGUUUUGGCCCACAACAUCAACGGCCAAGGAGAAAGCUCUACCGCUCUAAAGGUGGCCACCCAGGCUGAAGUUCAAGUUCCCGGCCCAGCUCCGAACCUUCAGGCGGCAUCGAAUUCACCGACCUCUGUCACUUUGAGUUGGGACAAACCUAUCACCGGCAAUGGAGAGAUCCUCACCUACAAGUUGUACUACACAGACAAAAGCAUCGGAAAUGAACAGGAUGUUGAUGUCGAUGGUCUGUCAUUCACCAUGACUGGUCUGAAGAAGAACACGCAGUACAGUUUCCGUGUUGUGGCCAACAAUAAGCACGGUCCAGGUGUCUCCACUGACGAUAUUAUAGUUCGCACAUUGUCUGACGUGCCAAGUGCGCCUCCUCAAAAUUUUACUCUUGAGGUGCAAAACUCAAAGAGCAUCAUGCUUCGGUGGCAGCCGCCGCCCUCAAAUUCCCAGAAUGGAGAAAUCACCGGAUACAAGAUCCGAUACCGUAAAGGAUCACGGAGAAGUGAGACAGCGGAGACCACCGGAGGGACCCAGCUGUCCAAGCUCAUUGAUGGUCUCGAGCGUGGGACAGAGUAUUCCUUCCGAGUCUCUGCCAUAACAGUGAACGGCACGGGCCCAGCCACCGACUGGACUACUACAGAGACAUUUGAGAGUGACUUGGAUGAAUCACGGGUCCCAGACCAGCCCAGUUCGCUUCACGUCCGUCCACUGGUCAGCAGCAUCGUAGUGAGCUGGACGCCGCCAGAGAACCAGGACAUUGUUGUACGUGGCUACAGCAUUGGCUACGGCAUUGGCAGCCCUCAUGCUCAGACCAUCAAAGUAGAUUACAAGCAGCGCUACUACACCAUUGAAAAUCUCGACCCCAGCUCCCACUAUGUGAUCACACUCAAGGCCUUCAACAACGUGGGUGAAGGGAUUCCUGUAUAUGAGAGCGCCAUCACAAGGCCACAGUCAGACCCCAUAGACCCUGAUGUUGACCUGUACGAACUCUUCCAUGCUCCAUACACCCCAGUUCCAGAUCCCACCCCCAUGAUGCCGCCUGUGGGUGUUCAGGCCUCCGUUUUGAGCCAUGACACCAUUAAAGUCACCUGGGCGGACAACUCGCUGCCGAAGAACCAAAAGAUCACAGAUAACCGCUACUACACAGUGCGCUGGAAGACCAACAUCCCUGCCAACACCAAAAUGAAGGUUGCCAACACCACCAGCCUAAGCCACAUGGUGUCAGGACUGAAGCCCAACACCUUGUACGAGUUCUCCGUUAUGGUGACCAAAGGUCGACGCACGAGCACAUGGAGCAUGACAGCCCAGGGAACCACCCUUGAAACCAUUCCUAGCUCGUCCCCCAAAGAUGUGACAGUGGUGAGCAAAGAGAACAAGCCUCGCACCAUCAUCAUCAACUGGCAGCCUCCCUCUGAGGCCAAUGGGAAAAUCACAGGUUACAUCAUCUACUACAGCACAGAUGUCAAUGCGGAGGACCACGACUGGGUCGUUGAACCCGUGUUGGGCAACCGCCUGACUCACCAGAUCCAGGACCUUACUCUAGACACCACAUACUAUUUCAAGAUUGAGGCUCGAAACUCAAAAGGCAUGGGCCCCACGUCUGAGCCUGUACACUUUAGGACCCCAAAGACCUCAAAUCUUCCAUCGAAGCCUGGGCCUCCAGGCAACCAACUUCCCCUUGAUCCUGGAUCAGCAGUUGGCAAAUCCGGUAUGGGAAGCAAUGAAAAUCACAUCCUGGUCAUCGUCAUCAUCAUCUCAGUGGGAGCGUUCAUCAUCAUCCUGGUAGUUGUGGGGGCCUUCCUGUGCACACGGCGCACCACGUCACACCAGAAAAAGAAGCGGGCGGCCUCCAAGUCGUCCAAUGGCUCGCACAAAUACAAGGGCACCUCCAAAGAUUUGAAACCGCCUGAUCUUUGGAUCCACCAUGAGCGGCUGGAGCUCAAACCAAUGGACAAGUCACCGGAGCCAAACCCGGUCAUGACCGAAACACCCAUCCCGCGCACCUCCCAAGACAUAACUCCAGCAGACAGCGGCAUGGACAGCAACCCACAUCUGCAGCAGAGGCGAAAUUCCUACCGUGGCCAUGAAUCAGAGGACAGCAUGUCGACCCUUGCAGGCCGGCGGGGGAUGAGGCCUAAAAUGAUGAUGCCUUUUGAUGCACAGCCACCUCAGCCUGUAAUUAGCGCUCAUCCCAUCCAUUCCCUCGAUAACCAUCAGCACCAUUAUCACAUGGGCAGCCUGGCGUCGCCCACGCGCAGCUACCUCUACCAUCAGGGCAGCGGGCACCCUCGUGUGCAUCCCUGCAGCCCUGUCUCCCAUUUAGACACAGAGCCGGUGAGGAAUACACCUUGUUCGGAGCCUCUUCCUCCAGCUGCCUCAUCCUCGCAGGCCUCCUGCCCCUCAGAGAUACUGGCAGAGCCCGAGGGCAGCUACCACGGCUCCAGCACCACGGAGGAAGAGUGCUGCUACACCGGCAACCUGCCGCCCCUGCGCUCGGCCCACCCGCACGCCCACGCUCACCCUCUGAAGAGCUUUGCCGUGCCUGCCAUCCCAGCUUCGGGUCACCCUAGCUUCGAGUCCCCGGCGCUGCCCAGCACUCCCCUGCUCGCUCAGACUGGGCCUCCCACACACCCCCAUGUCGUUAAAACAGCCUGCAUUGGCACUCUUGGAAGGACUCGAACGCCAAUGAUAGUCAACGUGCCCAACGCCCCUGACGUCCCAGAGACGAGCAAGAUGCUGGAGGAUGUAGACAGCAGUUACGAACCAGAUGAGCUGACCGAGGAGAUGGCCCACUUGGAGGGCCUCAUGAAGGACCUCAAUGCCAUCACCACAGCACCAUGAGCUUACACACACACACACGCGCACACACACGCGCACACACACUACACUCCAUACAGAUAAACCAUUGGCACAGGAAAGUUAAAAAAAACAACAUUUGGGAGCAAGUGGCCCAUGGACACACAAAAUGACUUCUGUGGGACCCCCAACCCCCCAACACUUUUCGUCCUGCAAAGAAAAAAAAACUCCUAGGAACUUUUUUGGCUCACCUUUCUCAAUCUCAGGAAGGAGAUGGCCAUGGCGCUUCAUGUUUUUAUGAAGAACCAUUGUCGGAGACAAUGAACUCGGUCAAAUGAUUGUGAUCUUACGUCCUCAGCAAAAAUACAAACAUGUUUUGUUUGUUCGGUGCCACAUGACGAUGCACGUCUGUCAAAAGUCCAACGACAUGCUAGUAUUGAUGUUGGUCCAUGCUGUCUCUGUGUUUCUUUUGUGCGUUUUGUAUAUCUAUUGGGCAGUUUCAGUGAAGUGAACAUUGGACAUCCGCCUUCUUUACAACCCAACAUUAUCCGACAUUUAGUCAUGUAUGUUUGUAUCCCCUUGUACCUCGAUUGUAUUGUUUUCUACCUUAUUGUAUUCUUUAUUUUUUACAUAAGUAUCCUUAUAAACAUGUACAUGUGUUGUUUUUAUUUUUUUUAAUUGCAUCAUUUUUUUGAUUCGAAAGGAAAGUGUCACAAAGGAGUUCUAACAUUUUGCAAGUUUUCUUUCCAGCGGGGUCUCCUUUCUAAAAGCCUUACUGCCGUGUCUGCAGGUUGGAAGGUUAAGUUGACUUGGACUCAGGGUGCUGUCCCCACAACCCCCUCCCCUUCCUGGCACACUCACACUUAUACUGCAGUCAAACAAUCACCUACAAUAGACCAGUUGUCUUUUUUUACAACGUGAGUGUGUCGUGGUGUUUACACUCAUUCCCGGUGGCCCCUCGAGUGCAACAUUAUGGUUCUAUUAUACGUGAAAGACAUGUUGGCCUUUAGAACGGGACUCAUCAUUUUUGUAAGAAGAAAAAAAGGCUAGUUACAAGCCUGAUGUCAAGUCUACUUUCCUAUCAUUCUGUUACCCAAAGAAAUUUAUCAUCAUCAUUUGCAAACUCAAUUUUUGGGAUGUUUCUCACAUAUCCAUUAUCAUGAAUGUCAUUAUUAGUGUGGGAGAUUUUAAAUCAUGGAUACAAAUCUUCUCUUUUUUUUUAUUUGGGGGUACGGGGGGAUGUUUGAUCAAAAACAAAACAAAGAUGGGGGGACGUUUGAUCAAAAACAAAACAAAGAUGGAAGUUAAAAUAAAUAAAUAAGGGCCGGACUCCAUUUGGGAAAUUAUCUAUUGAGUUGUUAACAGUUGAAACCUGUAUUGCACUUUUUCACAGUUUUUGGAAAGUAAAUUUCUUACAUAUCUUGUGUUUUGAAUAUCAAAUGCUGUUUGUGUAGUGUAGUUGUCCUCUAGGUAAAGCAGCAGGCAGCUGGUCUUGUUUUAUUUUAUUUUUUAAAUUGAUUAUUUUUUUCCUGCUCCAGAAAUGAUACAAAUUUGAGCAGGCGAGUGUUGAUUUUGCAGCUCAUGGUGAGGAAUUAUGUUGUUGCUUGUUCAUGUACAGAGAUUUCUUUGCUUUCUGUAGAAAAAAAAUCGGUGGCUUUUUAAGAAAACGUGAAAAACAUGUCUGGGAGAAUUUUUUUUUUGUAUGUAUACAAGCUAAUAUGAAUACUAACAAAAUAAACAUUUCAUGUUUUAUUUCA